ACCCGUGCACCAAUUCGUGUAGUGCACUGCUGCCAUCAUCCCUCCCCAUCGGUACCACUUACUUCAUUCUCGGAAGUCUCGUACCUUGUGCUGAGGAAUGUAUCUUGCCUCCUUGACACGUUGAAUACUCUCGGCCCCGUCCAGUCUUCUUGGUUUCUCUAGCUUCACUCCAUUUUUUUGGUCGUUUCCGCUCUCGCACCAUAGUCCUUUCGCAUAUUUAAGCGGCACCGACGCAUCGUUUUGUCACUUCGUCGGUCGGUUGACCAUUCACCUCAGCAGUUUUCUUCCUUCCCCUUCACUUCAUUUUCACAGGAUGCGGUCUCCUACCCUUUCUUCGCACCUUUGUCUCCUACUCUCUUUCAUUUCAAUUUUAUCAGCGUCCGUCAUCGCCCUUCCAACAACCCACCAAGCGCGGUCACCUACCACGCUUAUCACCUCUGCACCCUCAGACGUCCACGGAAAGACCUUCUCUUAUAUCGUAGUUGGUGGAGGAACAGCGGGACUCGUAGUAGCUGCACGACUUGCCGAAGAUCCAACCAAGACUGUCGUAGUUCUCGAAGCCGGCAACUCACACAUUGAGGAUCCCCUUAUCCAAGUUCCGGUAAACGUUGGCGCUGUCUACGGAAAUCCCGAAUACGAUUGGACAUACAAGACUGUCCCUCAGAAGAAGGCUGAUAACGCCGUCCUCGCUUUCACUCGUGGCAAGAUUCUCGGAGGAUGUUCAGCCAUCAACGCCAUGAUCUGGGAUCGUUCGUCCAAACCCGAAUACGAUAACAUCCAGUUACUCGGGAACAAAGGAUGGGAUUGGAACAGUCUCUUUCCUUACAUGAAGAAACCCGAAAACUUCAUUGAACCCGAUCCAGUAUUCGCAGCCAAAUGGAACCAAACCUUCGACCUCGAGGCUAGAGGCAAAGGCGGCCCUAUCGAUACCAUCUUCCCGAACUACCUUCCUGAUGCCGAGUUCCCUCAAGAAAGCGCGGCUACAGAAUUGGGGAUCCCUAUCGUUAGAGAACCUAUGGGCGGUGUUAUUACUGGAGCUUGGAAAGGCGAAACGAGUAUCGAUUACAACACUCGUACACGGGUUUACUCUGCACACUACGUCACCGCGGCUGAAGCAGCCGGCCGAACCAACUUACUAGUCCUCACCGGCGCACAAGUGACCAAGAUCAACUGGGCCCGCGAUCAUUUCCCUCUCGCCAACGGCACGUCUUCCUCUAACACCACCGCACAAACAGAGACAGACACUUCCUCAUUUGGCACUGUCACCGCCUCGGGCGUUUCCUUCAUUGUGAAUGGUACCACAUAUAGCGUGGGUGCUACGAGAGAAGUCGUACUCAGUGCAAGUACUAUUGGGAGCCCGUAUUUGUUGGAGUUGAGUGGUGUUGGGGAUAAGAAGAGGUUGAGUAAGGUCGGGGUGAAGAGUGUGGUGGACCUUCCGGGUGUUGGUGAGAAUAUGCAGGAGCAUAUUUUCGUUACCCAGUCGUUUGUUGUCAACAAAGGUGUUGAAACUCUGGAUGCCUUGCUCCACAACCAGUCUUUCUUCGAUGAGCAAGCUCUUCUCUUCCAACAACGUCCUGCCCAAGGUGCCCUCGGUUACGGCGCAACCGGAAUCUCCAUGGUCGGCCUCCCCACAUUCAUCCCAUCCUGGAGAAAACUCCUCGCCAGCGCCCGAUCGCAACUCUCCAAGAAAUCCAGGACCAUAGGUCAAGAGAAACAACAGGAUCUCCAAUUGGCUCUUUUGGCGAGUCGUGGUUCUUCUGUUGUGGAAGUCCUUUCGGAGGGUGUGCAUGGGACGGUGGAUGAAGCUGAUCCUACGAAGAGUUAUGUGAGCUUUUUGACGUUGUUGCAACAACCGUUCUCCAGGGGGAGUACGCAUAUUAACUCUGCGGACCCGACGACGUAUCCGACUAUUGAUCCUAAUUAUUUUGAUAUCGACUUUGAUCUGAAAGUCCUCACUUCGAUCGCUCAGUGGGUUCGUUCGACAUGGACGAAAACUAAAGCUUUCGGGAGUAUCAUUGCCAGCGAGAGUUUCCCAGGACCUGAAGUCCAAACUCAGGCCCAAUGGGAAUCUUGGGUCAAGGCUACUUUCCAAUCUCAAGGACACACGACCGGGACUUGUUCGAUGUUGCCUAGGUCCGAAGGAGGUGUCGUCGAUCCCACUUUGAAGGUUUAUGGCACGAGUAACGUUCGUGUCGCGGACCUUUCGGUUAUGCCUCAACAGUUCUCCGGUCACCCUCAGGCUCUCGCUUAUACCAUUGGCGAGAAAGCUGCAGACCUCAUCAAAUUUGCUAACCUCUAACAUUCCUUGGGAUCGAUGAUUCUGAUCUCUCUUUCUUUCACUUCGGACUUACAGAUCGCAUCUCUAUUUUUAUGUUUUACAAACACUCCUUGCGCCUCGCCUCAAGUGUCCCCACUCAUCCCUCACAGUCUUAUUUAUCCUUUAUUGUAUUUGUCUGUCUCAGGCUUGUGCGCUCCCAAGCUCCAACCAUCCCACUCCUUUAUGGUUCCGCGGUUCUUUUCUUUUUAUUGAACAUAGAAUUCGGGAACUUUAGCUCAUUAAACUCGGACAUUGACUAUCGUCUUCGUUUGAUACUCCUACAUGUACUAUCGACAGAGUAAUAGACGAAAGAUUUAUAUUCAUCUAUAUUGUUUUCACUUGCCCGCUUCUUUUGCGAUUGUAUUGCUUGAAGUG